GAGUAUUUGCAGGGUAUAAAUAUGUGAAAAAAAUAUUAUUUGUUGCAAUUAAAAUCGUAAUUUGAAGUACAUUUUGAAGCAAGUGUCAUCAUGGCUCGCUUGCAGGCAGUGGUGUUUGUCACUUUUAGUGUGUUAUUCCCAGCUGUGUGGGGUUUUGCUGUACAUGCUGAUUCCAAAGGCCCUUCACGUAUAUGGGGGGGUCACGAGAUAACCAAUAAAGAUGCCCCCUGGAUGGCCGCGCUAUGGAUCCCUAAGAAUGACGGCAACACUUCGUUCUGUGGAGGAUCCAUCGUCCACGAACGAUUCAUCUUGACUGCUGCUCACUGUUUCAUUAACAUUGAAGAGCCUUUCGCACCAUGGGGUUACAUCGGCAUGCACGAUAUAAUGGACCCAGACGCAGUCUUCAUCCAACCAAUUGAGAAGCUCUGUCAUGACAGGUUCAACGCAGGUGCUCGCUACCAGAAUGACAUCUGCUUGUUAAAGUUGAAGGACCCUAUAGUUUUCGGAGAGAAAGUGGUACAGAUUACGUUGGCUGACGCUGGUUUGGCUUUGGACGCGGGCACACAGUUGAAUGUGUCGGGAUGGGGACGCACUGAAUUCAGUAACACCGCAGUACAGCUGCUCCGUCAGGUGACAGUCCCUCUCAUGUCAUCGGAAACCUGCACAGAACACUACCCGAGUGUGAACAAUGACUUGCAGUAUUGUGCCGGAGCUCUCGGCCUAGAUUCAUGUGUGGGUGAUAGCGGCGGUCCUUUGACCUUGGGAAAUGUGCAGGUCGGCGUAGUGUCUUACGGACGCCAAUGCGGAACAGCGAGAGGUGGAGUCUACGUCAAGGUCACCAGCUAUCUCGACUGGAUCAGCAAUACUAUUAAUGCCAACCUCUAAAACUUAUACCGAAAUAAUAACUAACGUUAAAAAAAACAAGAAAAAAGUA